AUGGGUAAGAAGGACAAGAAGCUGGACCAGCAGGCCGCCGUCGUCGAGAAGCACAACGGUCCCGACGGCGGCGUGGUUUUCGAGGCCACUGACAACACUCUCGACUCGGCGAUCAAGCAGACUGGCCUUCAGCACGUCACCAAGGUCUGGUCUCGCCACGCUUGGGAGCGCGCUACUCCUUGGAUCCUCUCUCAGCGUCAGAAGCUUGAGGGCAACGGAUGGACCGGAGCAGACUCUUCUAGGACUGAGCUCUUCGUCCUCAGGCGCAAUGCGCCCAACGGUGUCUACACCGAGGACGGCUUCAUCUACAUGCGCGUCCCCAAGAAGAUGAUUGACUUCUUCCGCACGGCCAAGAAGAACAACGCCGACGACGAAGACGAGGCCCAUGACGAGGAUGCCUCCAAGAAGAAGAAGACGAUCACUACCAAGGCCUCCAAGCGCCGCGAGCAGCGCUGCAACUACGACCUCGCUGACCCCAACGUUUGGAGGAUCAAGAUCGAUGGCGCCGAUGCCGAGGACCUGGGCAAGGACCCCACCGUCAUGGUCGACGUCGUCGAGCCUCUCGAAAACAUCUUCUACUUGGUCAUGUGCCUUCAGCCUGGACUUGCCCGCCUCCACGCCUUCCGUGACAACGUUGUCCAGGCUGGCACCCACGAGGUCGACGUUCGUGAGGAUGCCGAUCCUCCCACGGCUCGUCACCGUGCCCUCAUUGCCGCCUCGGAGUCGUACGAGCGCGUCCUUCCUCCCGCCUACUGGUUCAAGCGCAACCGCGAGGAGCUCGAGGUCAUCCUCGGCGAGGGCUACGAGCCCACCUUGGCCGCCGCCGAGAACAUGCAGCGUUCCACCGCUCGCAACAUCAAGAACGUCCAGGAGAAGAUGUGGGAAGAGGUCCUCAAGGUCGACAAGGACGCAGCCAAGACCAAGAAGAAGCGUGCCGCACCUGGCACAAAGAAGCGAAAGGACAGCAUGGCAUCCGCCGUGGGACCCAGUCCCCUCGUCAACGUCACGACGAAUUCGCCCGCCGUAGCCGCCGCCUGA